CCCAUCUUGUUAGCUUCACUUCUAAUCAUUCCGUUGUCAUUCAAAUCCUUUGACUUACACUUGCCCAAAUUGUUGCAUCUUUAGGGUGAAAUUUUUAUACAUUUUCACAGUGCGUGGUCGAGAACAGGCAGGCGGUUUGUUGAUAGUGACGCCCAGCCAUGAAGGCCAAUAAGAAUCAGCUGAGAAGGGCAAAGAGGAAGGCCCUGAAAUCGUCAAAGGCCAAUUCAAUUGAGACUACUUCAGAAACACCCAAUGCGCACUUCUCGGACAAUAACGUUCUGUCGCCUCCCGCGCCUGAAGCUGUCCCACAAAAACUCCAGGAUAUUGUGACUCCAGAAAAUGACAACGCGUUGUGGCAAAUGUACAAGGAUGUUAUUGACAAAUUUGAUAACUCUGGGAACACACCCUUAGCAACCCAAGAACCUACUAAGCCUGUCGUAUAUUUCGAUGAGGAUAAUGAAAUUCCCGACGAAGAGGAGAAGGAGCCUGUGCUAUCAAGACGAAAGAGGAAGGAAUUGAACAAACUCUCCGUUGCCGAAUUGAAGGCAAUGGUUCGAAAACCAGAAAUAGUUGAAUGGACAGAUACCUCAGCACCAGAUCCGAGACUGCUUGUUCACCUCAAGUCGUACCGGAAUGUCGUGCCCGUGCCUUCUCACUGGUCUCUGAAACGAGAGUAUCUAUCAUCGAAAAGAGGUGUCGAGAAAGCUCCAUUUGCGCUGCCCAAGUUCAUUCAGGAGACAGGAAUAUCAGAAAUGCGCGAUGCUGCUUUGGAGAAGCAAGAGCAGGCAACUUUGAAACAGAAGCAGAGAGAAAGGGUCCAGCCAAAGAUGGGGAGACUGGACAUUGAUUACCAAAAACUCUACGAGGCAUUUUUCCGAUUUCAAACCAAACCAGAACUCACACGUUAUGGGGAGGUUUACUAUGAGGGCAAGGAGUACGAGACUAACCUGAGGCACCUGAGGCCUGGAGAACUUAGUGCAGAGUUGAAGGAGGCACUGAACAUGCCGCCCGGUGCCCCGCCUCCGUGGUUGAUCAAUCAACAGCGAUAUGGGCCGCCACCGUCCUAUCCUGCGCUCAAAAUACCUGGUCUUAACGCUCCCCCGCCACCGGGUGCGAUGUGGGGUUAUCAUCCCGGAGGGUAUGGAAAACCUCCAGUCGACGAACAUAACAGACCUCUUUACGGUGGUGACAUUUUUGGCGUUUUACAGCCUCAGCAGGUGGUGCAGCAGGGUGAACCUGUGGAGAAGGAUCUUUGGGGGGAGUUACAGGCGCCGGAAUUAAGUGACGAUGAAAGCGAAGAAGGUGAAGAUGAUGCAGCCAGCAGUGCUGCUACCGACGAUGACGACGAUGAUGUGGACACGGGAUUACAAACUCCUAGUGGUUUGGAAACCCCCAGCGGUUUGGCAUCAGCUGUUCCCACGGAGACAAGUGGCCCUGAAAAUAUUUCUGGGGAGUUCGACGUGCGUAAGCAUUAUCGAGGAACUCAAACAGAGGAAUCCACGGGUCAAAGAAGCGCUUUCCAGGUUAUACCUGAAAGACAGGCGCAUGUUCAAGGAUUUUUCGGGGCUGACAAGGUCUAUGAUCUCCACAAGACUUCGGACGAUCUACCUGUACUGGGAUCCGAGGAUGCCAACAGAAAGCGGAAGAAGCCUGGUGAUGUCGACGUUUCCUUUGAUCCAGAUGCUUUGCAGUCAGAAGAGGGCAUCGGCCAGGGCGACAUCAGGAAAAUGUACGAGUCACAAAAGCAGCGUGAGACAGACCCUAGCUGGGAUUUUCAAGAGGAUUUGAGUGAUAUGAUCGCUCGGGAGAGUCGCAAGCGGCUGCGAAAGGAGGAAGAAAGACGCAAACGGUGAUGGGAAAGUACUUCAACUUGUAUUUGGCUCUUGAUAGGGACUUGGGAGCAAGUUACCUGAGACUUUUUAAGUAUAUGCGGAAAAGAAAAUGAAAGGCCGAGUGGCACUGGACUUUUCUGGAGCAUCCAUAAGUUUGCUGUGAUAUAAAGGAGGGGUGGGCUGUCCCUGAUCAGACUUUUUACCGGCUGUACUGCUAAUAGAGGAAG